AACAAAAACAAAAGCUUCGAAACGCAAAAGUCGCCUCUUUCCUUCUCCGUUCAAAGCAAGCCCACCUCGUUCCUCCUCCUUUACACCUUCCUCUUUUCCAUCAUCUGCACGCGUUCGUCCAAACUCCGAAACAAGAAAGCUCAAACUCGAUUUCGAAAUUUUCGAAGCCCCAAUUCUCUCCUCCCACACGCGGAAUCGAUCAGCGCAGCGCAGGGUAGGCUAGGCGUCGGCGUGCUGUGAUGGCGCCGGUGGUGUCGGCGCUGGCCAAGUACAAGCUGGUGUUCCUCGGCGACCAGGCGGUGGGGAAGACGGCCAUCAUCACCCGCUUCAUGUACGACAAGUUCGACGCCACCUACCAGGCGACGAUCGGGAUCGAUUUCCUCUCCAAGACGAUGUACCUCGAAGACCGAACCGUACGGCUGCAGCUUUGGGAUACAGCUGGGCAGGAGAGGUUCCGGAGCUUGAUCCCAAGUUACAUCAGGGAUUCUUCUGUGGCAGUGAUUGUUUACGAUGUGACUGACAGGCAGUCCUUUUUGAGUAUAUCGAAGUGGAUUGAAGAGGUAAAUACACAACGAGGCGGAGAUGUGAUCAUCGUCCUUGUUGGAAAUAAAACAGACCUUGUUGACAAGAGGCAAAUAUCCACUGACGAAGGAGAAGCCAAGGCACAGGAGCACGGCGCCAUGUUCAUGGAAACCAGCGCAAAAGCUGGAUUCAACAUCAAGCCACUGUUUCGCAAGAUCGCUGCAUCGCUGCCUGGAAUGGAGGCGCUCUCAUCGGCAAAGCAGGAAGACAUGGUGGACAUAAACCUACGGCCUGCUGCCUCCGGGCAAAUACCUUCAGGGGCAGAAGCACAAGAAGAACAGAAAGCAGGCGGUUGUUCCUGCUGAGAGUUUUGUAUUCAGGGAAAUCGAGGUCGCUUCAGAGUUCAGACUUCAAAUUAGUACACACAGUGAAUUUCAGGUAGCUUGGAUUGUCAGUGCCGAUUCGAGUAUAGAGAAUAUUUAUGUGUAAUUUUUAACAGCGGCAUCUAGGUUUGAAACAGACAAAAAUUCCCUGAAGUUUCUAUGUUUUAUACCGCA